AUGGUGUCUUUCUUUUUAUUCAUUCAUUCUUUCUUUUUCUUUUUUUAUCUUUCUUUUUCUUUUUUCUUUUAUUUUUUUCAUUUAAUUUCUUUCUUUUACAUUUUAUUCUUUUUUCUUUCCUCUUUUUUUUGUUUCUUUUUUCUUUUUUUUCUUUUGACUUUCCUCUUUCUUUUUUUAUUUUUUUCUUUCCUUCUUUUCUUUUUUCUUUUCUUUUUUUUUACUUUCCUCUUUCUUUCUUUUUAUUUUUCUUUCCUUCUUUUUCUUUUCUCUUUUUCUUUCUUUUUACUUUCCUCUUUCUUUUUUUAUUUUUCUUUCCUUCUUUUUCUUUUCUCUUUUUCUUUCUUUUUACUUUCCUCUUUCUUUCUUUUUUAUUUUUCUUUCCUUCUUUUUCUUUUCUCUUUUUCUUUCUUUUUACUUUCCUCUUUCUUUCUUUUUUAUUUUUCUUUCCUUCUUUUUCUUUUCUCUUUUUCUUUCUUUUUACUUUUCUUUUCUACUUUUCCUUUCCUUUUUUCUUUCUUUCUUUCUUUCUUUCUUUCUUUCUUUCUUUCUUGCUUUCUCUUUUUCAUGUUUUCUUUCCUUUUUUUAUUUCAUUCUCUCUUACUCUAUUAUCACAUUUGCUUUCAUCGACUCGCGAUGCUUUCACUCAAAUUCUCUUUUGGCCUCUCUUUCACUCUUAUGAUCUCUCUCUCACAAUCUCUCUUUCUUUCACUUUCUCUUUGUCUCUCUUAUUCUUUCACUCUGUUACCCUUUCCUUUUCUAUCAUAUUCAUUUUCAGUAAUUCAUUGUCUCCUCACCUGCACCACGUCUACUUUUCUUAAUUCUCGUCUGCAUGUUCCUUUAAUUUGGGGGCAAUCAAUUCUCACCUUCUUUAUCUUUCAUUUUUUUCUCUCUCUCUCUUUCUCUCUCUCUUUUCUUGCUUACUCUUUCUCUCUCACUUCCUUUUCUUUUGCUUUCUCUUUCUCUUUUAUUCUCUCCCUUUCACUCUCACUUCUCGCUUCCCCUUUUAAACUAUUUGUCACUGCCAUCUUCCCGCUAAUUCUCUUUCUUUCUUUCUUUCUUUCUUUCUUUCUUUCUUUCUUUCUUUCUUUCUUUUCUCAUUCUCCUACUUACUCUUCGUUUUCUUUUUUUAUUGCGCACACUCUCUUUCUCCCUUUUCCUUUUAUUAAUUUUUUCUUCCUUUUUAUUCUUGUUCUCCUUCUCUGUUACUCAUAUAUUUUAUAUCAAUCAAGAGGAAAGGAAAUUGAUCAUUUUUUUUAA